GCAAUGUCCGCACUUAUAUUCAACCAUGGCCCCCUUUAGGCCGUAUCCUGGGACCGCGCGCUGAACCUUCUCGCCGUGAAUGCGACUUCUAUAACACUGUCUUCUGUGCCACACCUCACAGAGGCUCUUCUUGUGUUGACCUCUAUCUCGUUGACCGCACUCCCACCUGCCAGCCUUCCCAGGCGCACGCCAAGGAAUCCGCACUCUAGAUCCCUGGAAGUGUAGUUGGGACACAGCCCUUUGGCUUUUCUUCCGCGCACUCCGUCCGCUCCUUCUUCGAUUUACUUUCUUUCUCUUUAUACAGCUCCACUUCGCUCGCCAACGCGCAGGUAAGCUCGACUGUAGCGCGUUUGAGCCCCAAGUCUCUGUCGACAUUCUCAUAUAUCCAUUUUCCGGUCUUGGAACGAAGAUCGGAAACAGAUCGCGAACAUGGACCCUGUCGUAUCUGGGCAGUUUCCCACCACACCUCUAGAGGACUUCAAAAACCUCACUGAUCCCACUGGGGGUGACUCUUUGACGUACAAUCUCAAUGUCUUCUACAAUCCCGGCGACAUUGCUUGGAUGAUCACAUCUACUGCGCUCGUUCUUCUCAUGAUCCCGGGUGUUGGCUUCUUCUAUUCUGGACUGGCGCGAAGAAAGUCGGCCCUGUCGCUACUAUGGCUGUCUGUAAUGGCCACAGCCGUCGUCUCAUUCCAAUGGUUCUUCUGGGGCUACUCCUUGACCUUCUCACAUAAGGCUGGGAAGUUCAUUGGGGCCCUGGAUAACUUUGGCCUAAUGGACGUCCUCGGCGCACCUUCUGUAGGCAGCCCUCGUAUCCCGGAUCUCCUUUUCUGUGUGUACCAAGGCAUGUUCGCCGCUAUCACAGUCGCAUUGGCUGUAGGCGCCGUGGCUGAACGAGGCAGGAUGCUGCCUUGUAUAAUCUACAUGUUCGUUUGGUCGACAGUGAUCUACGACCCUAUUGCCUGCUGGACCUGGAAUCCCAAGGGCUGGGUCUUCAAACGUGGUGGCUUAGAUUUCGCCGGUGGAACCCCUGUCCAUAUCGCUUCAGGCUGUGCUGCCCUUGCCUACUCCUACAUGCUCGGAAAGAGGAGGGGACAUGGCACACAGGAGCUGAACUACCGCCCCCACAAUGUUACACACAUUGUGAUUGGGACCGUUUUCCUCUGGGUCGGAUGGUUUGGCUUCAAUGCCGGUUCAGCCCUCUCCGCUAACCUUCGCGCUGUCAUGGCGGCUGUUGUCACCAACUUGGCCGCUUGUGUUGGUGGGAUCACCUGGUGCCUUGUUGAUUAUCGUCUGGAACGCAAGUGGUCAACUGUUGGCUUCUGCUCCGGCGUGAUUGCCGGUCUCGUCGCCAUCACUCCGGGAUCAGGAUAUGUUCCAGCCUGGGCUGCGGUCGUGUUUGGAGUAUGCGGUGGAGUCUGCUGCAACUAUGCCACGAAGCUGAAGUACUUCCUUCGAGCCGAUGACGCCCUCGAUAUCUUUGCUGUCCACGCAAUUGGCGGGUUUGUUGGAAAUAUCCUGACUGCCUUUUUUGCUGCUGACUACAUUGCCCAUCUUGACGGGUACACCAUCAUUCCUGGUGGUUGGUUGAACCAUCACUGGGUCCAACUUGGCUACCAACUCGCGGACUCUCUCGCUGGUGGUUCAUACUCCUUCGUAGGAACCUGCGUCAUUCUCGGCUGCCUCGACUGGCUUGGCAAAUUUAUGCCCAUCUUCAAGCUCCGCGCUACUGAAGAGGAGGAGAUUUUGGGUAUCGAUGAUGUUGAGAUAGGCGAAUUCGCUUAUGACUACGUUGAGCUUACCCGCGACGUCAAGACCCCUGACGAUGUUGAUGGAAUGUCCGCCCACUCACUGGAACACCCCGAGGCCAUGGCUGGUCGACAUGAGAAAAAUCAAGACUCGGUCGAUUCCUCCAAUCAGCUUGCCGAAUGGGCACACCGCGCCAAUUGAUUCAAUUUUCUUCGGUAUUUGCUAAAUACCAUUGUUUCGGCUGGAGUUUGAGGUUCAAACUAAGGCCGGCAAUCACUUAGUUCAUUAUGAUAAUGCUUUAAAUAGGGAUGAGUGACGGGGGACGGUGAUGUGAGAUGGAUCGCAUGGUUCUGGCUAUGGCCGGGUCAUGAUGGGGUAAAACUACGGAUGGAUAUCUACUGGAUCGACCUUGGGUGGUGGGAAGUCAAUGCUAGUCAAUGGAUGCAUCAACCAGGCGCGAUUUCUAUACCUACUGCUGCGUCAUAACUACAUAAUUUCUGUACUUUUAGUUCAUUACAAAUGCAAAGGGGAUGCAGAAGAUAU